CACAACUCCCCGCCGCUUGACUCACCAAUCGUUUGGCCGCCAUUUGUUAAAAACCCUCUUCUCCUUCUCUCUUCUUCAUUUCCGAAACUAAAACCCUCUUCUCCUCUCACGAGCUCACCAUGGAGUUUGUUCCAGCUGCAACUGAGAUAUUUCUCAAUUCUGCUCAUGUUGGGGAACUCAAAAAACUCAAAAAGUUUGCAGAAGCACUAGAUCAUGUGGUUGGAGAUGGAAUACCAGCGAUUGUUAAGAAUACUAAGGAUGAUGAGGGUAAACGUGCUAUUCAUUAUGCUGCUUCCGGAGGGAGAGUGAAUAUUCUCAAGUACUUGAUUGAAGAGAUUAGAGUUCAUAUCGAUGUUAAAGAUGGAUCAGGUCAAACUCCGCUAUCCUGGGCAGCCAUAGAAGGGCACUUGGCUGCUGUGGAAUAUCUUCUUGAAAAGGGUGCCAAUCCUGAAAUACCAGAUGAUUCAAAUUGUACUCCUUUGCAUCAUGUCGCUAUGAAAGGACAUAAAGAUAUCAUACGCAUGUUACUUUCAAAAGAUAUUAAUGUGGAUGUUACGAAUGGUUUUACCUCACCGCUAAAAUAUGCUGCCACUUUUGGCGAACACGAUGCUGUUAAAAUUCUUCUGGAUCAUGGUGCCAAUCCUAAUUUGGUCUAUGAUGAUUCUACUCCACUUCUGGCAUCUAUCCAUGCCCAAUCUUUGCAAUGCGCGAAGCAUUUACUGAAGGCAGGUGCUGACCCAAAUUUUGCAGCAGAAGGAUUGACAGCUCUGCUAUUUGCAGCUGAACUGGGGGAAACACAAUUCUUCAAGCUACUGGUUGAAGCUGGUGCAGAUCCAAAUGUUACAACCCUACAUGGACUGAAGCCAAUAGAAGUCGCAGCUGUUAAAGGUAAUCGUAGAGGUGUUGAGAUUCUUCUUCCGGUGACUUCUCGCAUUCCAUCAUAUGUUGACUGGAGCACAGAUGGAAUAAUGAAGCAUGCGAAUUCUAAAAAGUUCGCAAAAAAGAUGAUUCAUAAAACAAAGGAGAACUUUCUUGAGGCAAAAUCAAAGGGCACAAGUGCAUUCCAUAGGAAGGAUUACUUGCUUGCAGUGAAAUGGUACUCGGAGGCCCUCGUCCUGAAGCCUGGCGAUGCAGCUGUACUGUCCAACAGGAGUAUGUGCUAUGUGUAUUUGAACAAAGGAGAUCUUGCUUUUGAAGAUGCUACUCAAUGCGUCUUAGCAAGACCAGACUGGCCUAAGGCUUUUUAUAGGGCAGGCGUAGCACUCAAACUGCUGAAUAGGCUUGAUGAUGCAGCUGAUGCUUUUUACGAUGGUUUGAAACUGGAUCCUAAAAAUAAAGAGCUUGAAGAUGCAUUCAGGGAGGUGACUUUAGACAGGUUGAAGGCCAUCAGUGUCCCACUUUAGAUAGUAUGGCGGUUCACUUACAUAUAUGAUUGACAUUUUGAAACCUAUUUCUGGUGGCAGUUUUUUGUCAGGUUCUGUUAAAAGUUAAAAUAUGUUAAAAUUCUGGUCUUUGGAAACAUCUGGCUAGUCUUCAUAUGUCUGUAUAGCAACUUAUUAUGCUGUGAGGUUUCUCAGUACUGAUAGUAUCAAUGUUUUUCCUUUCUUUUUUUCGAUUUAACAAUACAAAUUGUGCAAGUUUGCUUAAUUCUAUCAAACACUUCAGUAUGCUGAUGUUUAGA